AUGUCCCUCCCUCUGCACCAAGGUGCGCAGCGCUGCGGGGUCUCGCGCACAGCGGGGGAGGGGAGGGAAAGGGUGGCGGCGACCGUUACUCCGAAGACUACCCGCCCCGACGCGCGCAGGACCGGUCCUUACCGCAGCGGGAAGGGAGGCAGGGGGGAGGCGGCGCCCGGGACGAAGCGGGCGGGAAGGUGGGGGCGACAGCUUAGGCGGGGGCGGCAGCCGCGGGGGACCCCGGCGGGCGCCCACGACGCGGUGGGCCGCCUGGGCGCCGCCAUAGUGGGGACGCAGCCGCGGGCGGAGCGCACGGCCGCGACCCUGGGACGGCGGGACCACCAAUCCGGCUCUCCGCCUCGGCGUCCUCGCCGGGGGUCGGGAAUUCGCGGCCAAUCCGCGCGCGGGAGCCAGGCGGGGCACCGGGCUGACCAAUGCGGGGCUGCGCUGCGAGCAGUGGGCGGGCGCACCCCAGAGGAGCCCGCUAUCACAGGAGCCCCGAGUUCUGCAACCCGCCCAUCCCUCUCGCCUCCGCCCCGCCCCGCGCGGACCGAGGCUGCUGGCGGGGCUGGAAGUCAGUCCUGCUGGACCAACGCCCGGCCCUGCUGCCUCCGCACCGACGCUCACCCCUGGUUCCCCGGAGCCCGUCCGCCGCCUGGAGGAAUCCUCCACCCGCAGCUUCACACCCUAGAGGGUGCCCGUUCGGGAUGUGGGUUUCUGACGGCCGCAGGGCUCACCGUCCGCCGAGAUAAUCCCCUCGAGAGCCUGUUCUCGGUCGUGAGGGGGACAGGGGUCCACGGUCAUUCCACGCCGAGGGACGCAGGCAUCGGCCCUAGACCCAGACUGAGACCCGAGGUUGUGGACCUCAGGUUGGGCGACCCUGCCCAAUCCUGUGUAGUGAAGGGGUACCGGGCUCGCUGGCUGCCCUUAUUACUUUACAGCCUCACACUUUACAGUUUCUAUUCCAGGACCUAUCCGCCCCAUUUCGUCUACCCGUCGCAGCUCCGGAGAUCCCAGCUUUCUCCCACCCUCCUGGGGCACAAUUUAAAACACAAUUACCCCUCGCGGGAAUUUACGGGACAGGAAGAACUGUCCGGUUGCGAUCUUUGGUUGCCAACCCUGAGACUUCACCUCACCAAACGUGGGCAGUUUGUUCUGAUAAAAAGGCUUCUGAGGGGUGACCGGUGA